AUGACAACACGCAUGUUCUCCCCGUCACGACCAAUCCGCUCACUGACAGCCCUCUUCAUACUAUGGAAGGGCUUUCUCUUGGCCAUAUCUCUUGGCGCCUCUGUCGCUCCCGACUAUGACACAUCCACGUCUCUCUUCUUCGGCCGCGUGUACGGUGCCAACACGACCAUCCCAACCGUCGCCGCCAGAUUGACGCGAUGGGACGCGCUGUACUUUAUGCACUCAACCAUCCAGGGCUACACCUACGAACAGGAAUGGGCCUUUGGUCUGGGCCUUCCGACCACUGUCGGGGCCAUUUCGAGGUCCUUGUCGUCCAUCACGCCUGAAAACUAUGCCCUUGAGCCAGUAGUUGGCAUUGCUCUUGCGCACAUAUCACACUUGGUUGCCGUGCUGGCAUUGCACCGUCUCACCUUGCUUCUUUCCGGAAAUGCCAAACUCGCAUUCAUCUCUUGCACCUUACACAUCCUGUCACCGGCCGGCUUGUUCCUCUCCGCGCCAUAUAACGAGAGCCCGUUUGCCGGGCUCUCGUUCAUGGGGAACCUGUUGUUCGCCACUAGUCUCAGAAGCAAGGCAAGCACAGCUAAACGGAACGCGUCAAUGAUGGCAUCGGGGAUCUUGUUCGGUGUUGCUACUGCUUUCCGUAGUAACGGGCUCGCGAGCGGGCUCUUGUUUGCUGUCGAAGCAGUGAAAGCGCUCCGGCAGUUCGCCCAAGCCCCGAGCUUGUGUAUCCUGUCGUCAAUGGUAGCCCCGGUCUUUGGAGGGCUCUCUGUCGCAGCUGGGUCGGUGGUGCCACAGACUUUGGCGUGGAUAAGGUACUGUGGCUCGGAUGGCCUUCGGCGUCCCUGGUGCGAGAAUGUGAUUCCCAGCAUUUACACAUUUGUGCAACAUCAUUAUUGGAAUGUGGGGUUCUUGAGAUAUUGGACGUUGAACCAGCUCCCGUUGUUCUUGCUGGCAAGCCCUAUGCUGGCAAUCCUGAUCAAGUCCGGCAUUGAGUUCGUGAGGGAGCCCCAGCGAAUUACUAGCGCCUCGAGAAGAAGCGCCGCGGAAUCAGACCUGAAUACUUUUGUGCGGGCUUUGGCCGCGAGUCAGGCCGUCAUUGCAGUCCUGGCCAUCACCACCUAUCAUGUUCAAAUCAUCACACGCAUCUCGUCAGGAUAUCCCGUUUGGUAUUGGUGGGUGGGCAGCUGUUUGAUGGAUAAAGAUAGGCAAGGAUACGGGAUGGCCAUUGUCAUUUUCAUGGUCAUGUACGGCGGAAUCCAGGGCGGUCUCUUUGCUUCCUUUUUACCACCCGCCUAA